GUCAUAUAUAUAUUGUGUCGUCUUCAUCAUCAUCAUCAUCAAGUGCGAAGUCCUCUCAUCAUUACGCUCAAUCGAUCUGCCCUUUACCUACCUACCUACUCACUUUCAUUCUUGGUGUAAACUGAACCAUCCCCAGCCAUGAAAAUCCUCGAAAUCCCACAGGAACUCCUGGCCCAUAUUCUAUCCUUCCUACAGCCGCAAGACAUCAUACGCUUCAGUCAAACCAACAAGCGAGCUCAAAGGUUCGCCAGCCCCCAGAACCAGACCCUCUGGCGUUCAGCUUUUCUGCACUUAUUUGAUGAUCCCAAAGAUGCCUGGUCUCUAAUGCCCAACUCAGCCUCCCUCCUCAAGGACUCCCAGUUCAACUGGUACCUUGAACUCGUGAACCGCUUAUCAGCACUCCGAGCCAUCCGUUCCAAAUGGUGCGUCGCCGACGAAACGCGGCGUGCCAAAGACCACAUCGACUCGUUGCUCAGCAUCCUCGACACGGCCAAAUUCGGUCCCAACGCGCGUGACUUCGCCCCUGGGGUCCUCUACUACGUGGACGGCAGGGAUCUGUCGCUCAACCUGCGAGCCCUGUCAGACACGGACUCAUUCCGUGAGGGUCUCGAGAGCCUGAUCCACGACACCGGCACCGUCCUCAACUCGCCGCACCGACCCGUGACGAGGUCCAUGGCCUGGAUCGAGAACGAAGUCUCCCGCCCCGAAUGCGCGUCCAGACUGCACGUCCUGUUCGGUUUGACGGUGCGGGAACGCCUCGAGCACAGGGCCCGCGGCGCCGCACGACGCAAGGUCUACGACUGGUCCCUCAGCGGGCCCGACAACGACUACGGCCCUUUCAAGCGCGACGGCAGCGGCACCGUGGACUGGAGUCUCCUCGAGGGCAUCCACAGCGUCGUCGCGCGCAACUUUUCCAUGUGCGUCGGGGACCCCAUCUUCAUGCCCCAGGGGUUCUCCUUUUCGAUCCCACACCGGACGUUCCGCCGCCCGGAAGUGCCGCACGACUGGGCCAGGGUCACGGGGCCGUGGCUGGGCACGUACGCCUUCCUCGACUACUCGGACCUGUUUGCCUACAAUGCGUGGGAGAUGCGGGCCGGCCCCCGUCCGACGCUGGACGACGAACCCGAGGCGUGCGGCGACCUCAUGAGGCUGGACCUCGAGCUCGACGCCUCCCUCGCCGAGGAUUCGUCUUUGCACACUGCCCUACCGGUAUCGCACGAUCUUCCACCGUUGUACUUCCGCGGCCUGUCCCGCGGCCAGUCCCGCGGCCAGGCCGGCACGCACAUGCCCGUCAUCUCCGUACGCGGGUGCGCGUGGCUCGUGCCGGGGAACAGGGAGGUGCGGUGGCGGUUCAUCAUCAGCUACAGCGGUCGGGAUCAGUGGCAGCUCGAGGGCGUCCAACCGGGGGGGAUCAAGUCCGGAGGCGUGUUUGGACUGUGGACGCAGUCUGACCACGAAAUGGACGGGCCCGUCGGACCGUUCUGUUAUUUCCCCGAGGAACUGUGCAGGCCGAAGAGUGUCGUGCUGGUCUUCCCCGACUCGAAUACCUAGUCUACGAGGGGAGGCCGUCCAGUGAUCGGUCACACAAUGUCGAAAUUGACAUGUACGCCGACACGGUGUCGUGGUUAUCAGCACACCAGGUUUCCCUCAUAGAAACAAGAUGGCAGAAAGAAAAAAGUUCGACUCAAAGGACUCCCUGACGUACCGGCGCGAGCCGAGCACACAACAUUGUUCAACGUAUGACGAGUAUGGUAACGACCGUGGUGAUGGUUGUACUGCCAGGAAGUGGAAAUGAACCGAGUUUGGCCUGUUUUCCCCAUACAAGGUACAAGUUCUGGCGUCGAGCACGGCGGAGGAUCAUCAAGCGAGUUAAUAUUUGGGAAGGGCUUUAGGUAAGAAGCAAGGAAAAUCAAUCAUGCUUGGGUCCCUAUUUAGAUAGGCGGUUUAAUUGUCCAAAUCAGUUAAGUUAGAUUGCCAUUUCUA